AUGAAAGCAGAUAUUAAACUUGUUAUUCCAUUGAAGGGAUCAAAGGAUAAUAUUACAUCCUAUUUGAAUUCUACAGUUAAAAAUAUAGAUUUUUUUGGAUAUUGUGACUUUAAUUUAAAUUCUUUAACAGUGAAAUGGACAGAUCCAAAUCAAAAAUAUCCAUGGCUAUUAACAUUUACUUUCAAAUUAUAUGCAACUGAUUAUUAUGCAUUUAAUUCAAUUUCUUUUGAUUAUAUGUUGAUUGAUGAGCAAAUUUAUGCAUCAUCCGAUGAUGAAAUAUUUUCUAUUCAAAAAGAUCAAUAUUACAAUUGUACUAAAGCACUAAAAAUUGAACUUCGCCCUUUGGACCGAAAUUAUAGUACAGUCCGCUUAAUAUUCAAUAGUAUUGAAGUCGAAGCCUUCCGAGAAAGUCCUGAAACUAGCUACGUUGGCAAAGAAUCACAUUGUUCCAAAGAUGAUAAAGAAAAUUUGACAUACAUCAUUGUGAGUAUAUCUAUCUUCACUAUGGUUGUGGUCAUGAUAUUCGUCUUGUGCUUAAGCAAUGAUGAAACUCAAGUAGUUGGAGUUGAUCAUUAUAGUUAA